GGAGGAAGUCUGUGACUGCAACAAAUUGCAAUCGAUGUGCACAACUGUUGCUGUUUCGUCAUUUUGACCACAACGUUUAGCUGAAAUGAGGUGAAUAAGGACACAUAACUUGGAGGUUUCUUGCAGCGGAGGGUGAGAAAACGCAGCUGUCAGUGAUGUCCAGAUCCUAGACGCAGGCUGAACCUCGCAUCCAUCAUGGACUCCAAGAAGCCAAGCGUGAUGCAGCAUCUCCGCCAGAAGGUGCUGCACUUCAAGCGAGGCAAGACGAACUCGAGCAAGCUGGCCGACCAGUUUGACCGCAGUCAGCUGAGCUCCUCUGUUCCUGACAUGAGGAAAAUGAAGCAGGACUAUUCUCACAUUUCCUCCAGAGCGCAGCUCCAGCAGUACAACACUCCCAGCUAUAGCAACCCUUCCACACCGCGUUUCCGGCCUCCUAGAAGCUCAGGAGGAAGUGGGAGUGGUGUAAACCUUAGAGAAGGUAGUGGAGGAGCUAGGAUGGGUGAAAACAGACUGAGCGUGCCUACAGACUGUACAGACUGGGCUUCUUCUCAAGAAUCCUUCAACAGUCUCUGUGGAGAGGAGAAGUGUUCUCAGGAGACGUACCGACCUGGACGAGGCAUGGAGCCUGAGGAGCUGGAGCUACCAGAGAUGAUGACUGUUUACUCCCUCGACUGUCCCCCUGUGGAUGUUUCCCAGGACAGCGCGCAGUGUGAUAAUGAUUCCAGCUGUCACAUGAUAAAGGAGGGGGACCACCGAAAUUGUGAGAUGGGCAAUGAGGCUGUGAGCAUGUCUGAGACGGUCAAGGAUCCCCCCAGGUCCUACCUGCUCACCAUUAACUUAAAGGAAGGACGCAACCUGGUCAUCAGGGACCGCUGUGGUACCAGCGACCCUUAUGUCAAAUUCAAAUUGGAUGGAAAAACAUUCUACAAGAGUAAAGUGGUUUAUAAAAACCUGAACCCAGUGUGGAAUGAGUCCUUCUCUUUGCCCAUUAAGGAGCUGAAUCAGAGGCUUUACAUCAAGGUAUACGACCGGGACCUGACGACUGAUGACUUCAUGGGCUCUACCAGCGUCCUCCUGAGUGAUCUGAAGAUGGACACGGUCAGUGAGCUGUCGCUGCCCUUGGCUGACCCAAACAGCCUGGAGGAGGACAUGGGCGUCGUGCUGGUGGCCUUGAGUCUGUCACUCAGGGACGGAGACGGCAAAAGAAGCAAUAAGUGGCCCCCAAAACGAACACAAAGUAGUAGGUUGGGGAGGACUUCUCAGAAUGUUCGCUUGUCAGAGCAGCUGAGGAAGAGUCAACUGUGGACCUCUGUUGUGGUGGUGACUCUGGUCGAGGGGCAGGAGCUGCCGGUGGACAGUCAGGGAGGUCAGUUCUUUGUUCGCUUCAGACUGGGAGAGCAGCGCUACAGGAGCAAGGAUCACUGCAGAGUGCCAAACCCUCAGUGGAGAGAGCGGUUCACCUUAAACCAGUUUUUGGACGGCUCACAAAUGCUGGAGGUGGAGCUCUGGUCCAAGGAAGGACGGAGGACUGAGGACUGCUUGGGGACGUGUAAAGUGGACCUGUCCAGCAUCCCUGUCAAUCAAAGGCAAUUGUUCUCACUCUCAAUGGAACCUAGAAGAGGAAACCUGGUGUUUCUGCUCACACUGAGCGCGUGCAGUGGCGUCUCCGUCUCCGACCUCUGUGCUGCACCACUCGAUGAAGCUCGCGAACGGCACAACCAGCUGGACAACUACAGUUUAAAAAGGUCCCUGAAUAAUCUUCGUGAUGUUGGUUUCCUUCAAGUCAAAGUUAUCAAGGCUGCAGAUCUGAUCGCUGCAGAUUUAAAUGGUAAGAGUGACCCUUUCUGUGUGCUGGAGCUGGGGAACGACAGACUGCAGACCCACACGGUUUAUAAGAGCCUCCACCCUGAGUGGAAUAAAGUCUUCACAUUUCCUGUCAAAGACAUUCACGACGUUCUGGUGGUGACUAUCUUUGAUGAGGAUGGAGACAAGGCGCCAGACUUCCUUGGAAAAGUUGCCAUUCCUCUGCUUUCGAUCCGCAGGGGACAACAGAUUGCCUUCCCGCUGAAGAAAGAGGACUUAGGCGAGCUGUCGAAGGGGAGCAUCACUCUGGAGCUGGAGGUUAUUUUUAACCCUGUCAGAGCAAGUAUUAGAACCUUCCAGCCAAAGGAGAGACGUUUUAUGGAGGAUAAUCCCAAGUUUUCCAAAAAGGCUCUGGCCAGGAACGUGAUGCGUGUUCAGACACUGUACAGGGCUAUCAUGUCGACUCUGCAGUACAUCAAAAGCUGCUUCCAGUGGGAGAGUAUUCAGAGGAGCCUGCUAGCCUUCCUGGUGUUUGUGGUGACAGUAUGGUACUGGGAGUUUUAUAUGCUGCCCCUCUCCCUGGUUCUGCUCAUCUCGUGGAAGUACCUACAGAGCCGCUCUGGACGGAUCAGCCAGGACGUGGACAGCUUGGAUUUGGCGGAUGAGGAUGAUGAUGAUGAGAAGGAGUCCGAGAGGAAAGGGCUCAUAGAGAAAAUCCAUAUGGUCCAAGACAUCAUCGUCACCGUUCAGAACCUUCUCGAUGGGAUUGCUUGUUUUGGGGAGAGGAUUAAAAACACGUUCAACUGGACCACGCCGUUCCUGUCUGGCUUGGCUUUGCUGGUGUUUGUCAUCGCAGCAAUCAUCACAUACUACAUCCCUUUACGCUACAUAGUUUUAAUAUGGGGUAUCAAUAAAUUCACCAAGAAAUUACGGAACCCAUACAGCAUUGACAACAAUGAAGUGCUUGAUUUCCUGUCGAGGGUGCCUUCAGAUGUGCAGAAGGUUCAGUACAGUGAGAUGAGAGGAAGCAGAAAGAAGAAAAUCCUGUAGAUUGCACUGCGGAUUGAAGCCGGUUGGGAUACUGGACUCAGUGCUGCUGUUUGUGGGAUUCCCACCUAAUGACACUUUCAGGAGGAUGGAUGGGGGAACUGCCCGAGCGAUGCGAUCUCUCAUUCUGUUGGUUUCAGGUUGCUCAGCUGGCGUGGAUUCUCAUUCACGGCCUUAUUCAACCAGCACCUAAACAGCUUUCAGCCAAAGAAGUCCUCACUGAGGACCCUGCACAGGUUGCCUUACACAUUUCCACGAGUCUGUCUGUGCAUUCCUACAGCAGUUUGUAAUGGUAUUUUAUCCUAUGUACAGAUUACUCUUUAAGAUUAAUAGUUGCUUUAAUUUAUAUUCUUUGCCUCAGGCUGUGUCCGCUAGAAAUGAACUGUAAUAUUAUUUUUGUAAUAUGCUGAUUUAUGUGUUUGGUAUGUGACAUGCAUGUACUACAUACAUUUUUAUUUACGUGAUGCACAUUAAGCCAUUUAAGAAAAACAACAAUCUUUACAGGCAAACGGUAAAUUUCAAAUUAAAUGUGUUAUUUAAAAAAGUAUCUUUUGCUGGAAGUGCAAGGUCUUUGGUUUUAAACGUUAGUGAGGAUUUACAGGAGCAAUUAUUUUAACCUUUUAUAUGUUUAUAAUUAGGAAUACGUGAAAAGUUGGCAGCAAAUUAAGCAUUAUAUUCCCUUAUCUUUGAGCACAGAUAAAGAGAAAUGCUCGUACAAUGAUGGCCGACUAAUCUUAUUUUUGCAUGAUAUAUGGGCCUAUUUGUACAUGCAAGGAUGAACUCCUGUGUUAAGUUUUUCGACUGCUUUCGUGCAUCCUAUACAGAGGAUGCACCAACUGUACUCUGUUGUUUUUACUCCUUGCUUGUUAGUGGGGUGGGGCCAAUUCUGUACACACUUUAUUUAUUAUUGACAAUCAGUGAAGAACUCUUUGUGUCCUUCAUUUCUAACAGCAAUAAAUGCACACACAAACA